AUGGGAGCUGUAUUUCGAAUACUGUCGGUAAAUUUAGAUACUGGAACUGAAGCGGUAACUUGGCGUGUGAAACUGAAACUCACUGGCGAAGAGGAUGAGGAACUGAGAACUUUGAGUGAGCAUAUGAGAGAAAAUAUCGUUUAUCCGUCGUACCCUUUGGCUAGUCUAGCAAGGCUGAUGAUAACUAUGGGUAAUUCAGAGAAAGCUGAACAUUACUACCUCAAAAUGCUUGAAGAUCCUGAUCUCAUCAAUGAUUUUCGCAACUUUGCCUACAUUCAUAGUAAUCUUGGAUUGAUUUGCACGCACGUAAAUGAAAGAGACAAAGCAAAUAAAUACUUUACAAAAGCAAUUGACAUUCUGCUUCAACAUUUGCCUGAAACGGAUCUAUUACUAGGAGUAAUUUAUAAUAAUCUUGGUGAGAACCACCGUGAACAAGGUGACUUUGAUGGAGCUCUCUCGUACUAUAGUAAAGCAUUGAAUAAUUACGAACUGAAUGUCGACGCCUCAGACGAAACUGAAAUUGGUAUUCUGCAUAAUAACAUUGGACUCAUCUACUCAGCACAACAUCAUUAUUCGGAAGCACUUCAGAGUUACGAGAAAUCGUUGAAUAUUCGACAAAAGUUUCUUCCUCCAAAUCACCCGGAGAUAGCAACGACGUAUAAUAACGCUGCUUUAGCUUUUUAUGGUCAUGAAGACUACGGUAGAGCAAAAGACUAUUAUUUUAAAGUACUCGGAAUACAGCAGCAAUCACUUCCACAGAAUCAUCCUGAUUUUGGAAGAACGUAUAAUAACUUAGGUACGGUCUCUCACAAAGAAGGAAACUUUCAGGAAGCAAUAGACUGGUAUGAGAAAUCUCUCGAAACACUGCUGAAAUUUCUACCUAGUGAUCAUCCGGACAUUGCACGUUACUAUAAUAACAUUGGCCUUGUGUACUCAGAUCGAGGCGAAUACGCUCGAGCAAUUGAAUUGUUUAACAAAGCACUUGAAAUACGCAGAAAAUCCCUGCUACUAACUCAUCCAGAUAUAGCGGCGACCUGUUAUAACUUAGCCGUAACAUAUCACAAAGCAGGUAAAUUCGAAGAAGCACUAGAAAUGUAUCGACAAUCCCUGGAGAUAAGCUUGACGGAUCUGACGAACAAUCAGGCUCCAGUUGCCAAAGCAUACGCCAAUAUGUCGUUAUUGUAUUACCAGCAGGGUGAUUACGACAAACAAAUAGAAUUAUCAAAUAAAGCUCUGAAGAUACAAGUUAACUUGCAGCCACCGAAUUAUCUGAAUAUUGCUACAAUGUAUCAUACUUUGGCUACUGGCCUCUUGAAACAAAGCAAAUUCAAUGAAGCACUGGACGCACUCAAAAGAUCUUUAGAUAUCCGAUUAAAAGUUCUUCCUCUAGAUCACCUCAACAUUGCCGAAUUGUAUAAUGGUCUCGCGCAAACUUGUAUUGUCAUGAAUAACCAUACCGAAGCAGUUGCAUAUCUGCAUAAAGCGUUGUCCAUAGAGCUAAAUUCACUUCCGUCUAGUAGUUCACGUUUAUCGAUCACUUACAACAAUUUUGGUGCAGUGUAUCACCAACAGGGUAAACUUCAGGAAGCUUCUGAAAUGUACGAAAAAUCUUUGGAUAUUAAGUUGAACAUUCUACAUAGCAAUGAUCUGUCACUAGUAGCAUUGUAUUCUAACCUUGCUUCGCUGCACGAUUCCCUUGAGCAUCAGGACAAACAUACAGAGUACCUGACGAAAAUACUCGAAAUACAAGUUGAAUCUCUCCCAUCUGAUCAUCCUGAUUUUGCCAAAUCUUAUACUAAACUAGGUGUUGCGCAAUACAAACAGCACAAAUUCAGAGAUGCAUUGGCGUGGUAUGUCAGGGCCCUACAACUCCAACUAAAAGUACUUCCCGAAGAUCAUCUCGACAUUGCAACGACCUACAAUAAUAUUGCAUUAGUGUACUCGCAGGAGAAGGAUCUUGACAAAGCCAUUGCUGGUCUAGAAAAAGCUCUGGAAAUACGAUACAAGUUGUUACCAUCAGAUCAUCCUCUUAUAAGUGAGACUUGUGACAGUUUAGCUGUCAUCUUUCGUGACCAUGGAAAAUAUGAAAAAGCACGGGAAGCAUUUGAAGUUAGUCUGCAUCUUCAACUGAAACAAUUGCCGAUGGAUCACAACCGUUUAGCUGACACUUAUAAUGGUCUCUCACAAGUUUACUAUGAGCAAGGGCAUACUGAAGCUGCGGUAGAGUGUCUUCAAAAAGCUUUGGACAGUCAUCAGAAGUCUCUUUCGCCAGAUCUUUCAUCGCUAUUAAUGACCUACAACAGAUUAGGUGGAGCAUAUUACCAGCAAGCAAAAUUUGAGAAAUCACUAGAAAUGUUUGAAAAGUGUCACGAAAUCGAAUUGAAACUACAUUCACCCAAUGAUCUCGAAAUUGCUGAAUCUCUUAACAACAUUUCACAAGUUUAUCUUGCACUUCGCAAUUAUGACAUAGCCGUCUACUGUUUUCAACAAGUUCUUGAUAUUCAGCUUCACUGCCUUCUAACGAAUCAUCCAGACUUAUCUACAACUUACUACAAUCUCGCAGAAUCAUUCUUCAGGCAGGGUAGAUUCAGAGAAGCAGUUCAGAAUAUGAGACAGAAGUAUAAUGUUGAUUCAACAAAUUUACCACUCAAUCACUCUCAAGUAAAGGAGGACGUAAAUACAAUUGCCAUACUCGAGAUUCUAUUGUGGUAUCCGUCAUGCUCCGUAGUAGUCGGUAGCUAA